UCAAAUUUGGGGGGGGGGGGCAAGUUACUUAGUCAAAUUCUAACUGAAAUACGAGACGCUCUUUAACACUUGGAUUUCAUCUGUAUAUCAUUAUCAGCUGCAUCCACAUUGAAAAGAGACCUGGAAUCAAAUGAUUGAUCCUUUAUUAGUUAAUGUAACAAUUGGGAACAUUGUUCACUAACCACAACACAAACCCGGUGAAACGUUUUCGCAACCCGUUUUUACACGCCUCAGUUCCGGGUGUUUCCGCAGGCUGGGCUGGUGACUAUGGAAGUAUGAGCGACGCGCUGGAGUUGAAGCCCAUUCAAGUUGUCUGUGACAACAAUAACGUCUCGAGUGACCAAACGAUUGAGGUGAUUCCAGGGAAUGGCACUUGCUCAGACCACCUAAGAUCAGAGAGAAACGAAGUGUCCCCUCUUCUAGUAACACCACAGGUCACUGAGAACAAUAGGGAACAGCACCUCCAUGGGGAUGGAGUCGAUAUUGACUCUCUAACUCAACCCAAGUGGCAAAGGGAGCUGCGGAGGGUCAAGAGAGAAUUGAAUGAGGUGGUGGUGUGGAAACUCAAACUAUGGACAUUGCUACUUCUCAUCUUUAUUGCCAUUGCUCUGAUUAUUGGGAUCUCAAUUAUUGUGUGUGCAGUUGUUCAUGACGAUGAGGAUGAAAAAUAUGACAAAUCAUCAUUUGUGGUGGCACGCUUCUUCAGAGGAAAUUUUACUCUGGAUGCUAACAAUUUCACUUCAGACUCUCAGGAUGAAGAGACUAUGAUAGAGCUGGAACAGCAGUUGAUGGAAGUCUACAGUUCUUCUCCUGCAUUGGAGCGGUACUUUAACAGUGUCACCAUAAACAAUCUCCAAGACACUACAGCCCAGUUUAAGCUCCAGUUCAUGAUGCCUUUAGAACAUGAGGAGUUGAUACACUACACUCUGAGUCUAAAGAUGGUUAAAAAUGUGCUGCUCCAACACUUGUAUGAUCGAGACGCUGGAGACCCUUUCCAUAUCAUACCAACAUCGCUCCACAUGGAAGUUGGGUAGACAUGCCAAACUUUGGAUGUUGUAAAUUGAACCUCUGGUACCCUCAUCAGGAAACAGAACAUUCCAUACAUCACUUUAUGUCAUUCGAUUGCCUUCUGGACUCUUUAACAGAUCUCUUAAAGGGGUCAUAUGAUGCGAUUUCAAGUUUUCCUUUCUCUUUGGAGUGUUACAAG